AUGGACAUUGAAGUGGAAGUAACUGGCUAUAUGAUGGGACACGUGGCAGCGAAACAGCAGUGGAGUUUGAAGACCAUAUCAAUCCAAUCCUCUGCUUCAACUUCACAGAAAAACAGUAAUUUGACUCGCCAAACGUGCAGGUGCACCAAUAACUUCAACCUCUGUGUCACAUCUCUAGAAUCAGACCCUCAGAGUUUGAAAGGAGAUGUCAAAGGGCUCGCUCGCAUCAGUCUUCAACAAGUCCUGGUUAAAGCUAACCAAACAUUACAGACUGUAGGAAAACUGUUUAAUCAAACCCAUGAGUUCGAAUUCUUAGGAACAUGUAUUGAAGAAUACAACAAAGCUGUGUCAAUUGAACUACCAGGAGCAGUCAUUGCAUUGGAUUCCAAUGACUGUGGAGAAUCAAAAUAA